AUGAGAUUUUCAUUUAUCUCUCUACUUCUACUUGUUUAUAUUCAACAAAGCAAUUCAUUAUCUGAUGAAUUUCUUGGUAGUAGUGGAAAACAUUUAUUUCAUUUUGUUCAUGUCACAGAUAUACAUGUUACUCAUUUCGGUAAUGCUGAUCGGAUGGAACAAUUUGAACAAUUUUGUAAUCAAAUUAUCAAAUCAAUGAUUAAACCACAAGUUACUGUUGUAUCAGGUGAUUUGGUACAUAAUCGUGAUCAUACAUUUAGAUCUGCGCAAUAUAAGGAAGAAUGGAAUAUAUAUAAAAAUAUUUUAAUGCGAACAAAUGUAACACAACAUACACAAUGGCUUGAUAUGAGAGGAAAUCAUGAUGCUUUUAAUGAUCCAAAUCCUGAAUCAGAUCAAAGUUUUUAUCGUAUCUAUUCUAAUCAAGGUCCUUUACAUAAAGGUUCAUAUCAAUAUACAAUAAAAACAAAUGAUAAUGAUACUUAUUCAUUUGUUGGUCUUGAUAUGUGUCCAAGACCUGGUGCUGGUCGUCCAUUUAAUUUUCUUGGUAUUAUACCAACGGAUGAAAUGAAUAAUAUUAAAGAUUUAUCUCAACAAACCAAAACUUCUAAUACAACAAUAUUUUUUGGACACUAUCCAUUAGCAUUUACUUAUUCAAAAGGUCUUAUGGAAUUAAUGGCACAUGGUAUUGUUUAUUUAAAUGGUCAUUUACAUUCUGGUAUUAAACAUUUAUAUGCUCGUCAUUCCGAUGGUCUACUUGAACUUGAAUUAGGUGAUUGGAAAGAUAAUCGACGAUUUCGUUUAAUAACAAUUGAUUCUGGUAUAUUAUCAUUUGAAGAUUUUCGUUUUGAUCAAACUAUUUAUGCUGUUAUAUCAAAUCCAAAAGCAGCUAAAUUUAAAACACCUAGAGAACCACUUGAACGUUUAAGUCAAAGUACACAUAUUCGAAUUGUUAUUUAUUCUAAAUUACCAAUUGUUGAUGUACAUGUUUCGAUUGAUAAGAAAUUUUUGGGUUAUGCAAAACCAUCUAUUGAUAAUGAACAUUUAUAUGUAUUACCAUGGAAUGCAAGUUUUUAUAAUGAUGGUUCUCUUCAUGAUUUAAGUGUUGAAAUAAGAGAUAAUCAAAAUAAUACCAUUAAAAGUGAAAAUCAAUUUUCUCUUUCAACAUCAACAAUAACAGCAUGGACAAAAUCAAAAAUUAUUCUCAUCAUUCAUUGGCCGACUUUUGGAAUGGCAGCAAUUAUUACAGGUUUAUGUAUUUAUAUUAUUGCAUUAUCAUUCUAUCGAUAUCGAGCUAAACGACCGAUUGCAUGUUGUGGUAGUUGUUUUUCAUUAUGGAAUAAAUUCCGUCUACGAAUGAUGCUUCUUUGUUCAAUUGAUUUCUAUUAUUAUUCAUUAAUGGGUAUAGCAUUAUAUCAUUUUAUUGGUCCAUGGUAUUUUGGUUAUUUAACUGAAGGUUAUAUUGGCGCUGUUUUUCUUUGGGGUACAGUAAUAAGAGGUAUUUAUCUUCCACCUGAUAUGCAAACAUUUAUGGGAGCUAUUCAAUUAGCUUUAUUUUUAUAUCCGUUAACAUUAUGUUUAUGUUCAUCAUGUUAUUAUCGUUAUAAUCAACUUCAAUCAAGUUUAAAUUUAACUGAAUCUCGUUGUGAUCGUCAUAUUCGAAUAUUUACUGUUUAUAUUUUAUUUGUUUAUUCAUUAUUAUUUAUUUUAUUUUGGGCAUUCGUUACAACAGCAUCAUAUAAAUUAGCAUUUUUCUUGUCACCAUUUGGUUUAACUUUAGCUAUAUUUGCAUUAUUUCUUUAUAUUAAAUCUCGACGAUUAAAAAUAGAAGAUUUUAAAUUUCAAUCAACGCCAAAUAGUCCAGGUAGUUCAAUUAAUGAAAGUCAUAUUGACGAUACUGAUCAACAACCGAUCAUAGCAGGUAGAAGAAGUGGAGUGAAAGAUCAUUAA